UCUCCCGCUCACUCUUCCAACCUCUCCUCCUCCUCCUCCUUCACGUGCCACGCGCGAACCCACCCCGACCUCGCCGCGAACGUCUCCAUGGGCAACGCUCUCGCGGGCAAGCGGCGCGUGGCCAAGGUGAUGACGGUGGACGGCGCCACGUCCCGGUACAAGACGCCGGCGACGGCGGGCGCGGCGCUGCGGGGGCACCCGGGCCACCAGCUGCUGGAGUCCGAGGAGGUGCGCCGGCUCGGCGUGCGCGCCCGCCCGCUCGACCGCGACGCGCCGCUCAAGCCCGGGAAGCUCUACUUCCUCGUCCAGCUCCCCCGCGGCGGCGUCUCAUCCGGCGCCGGCGUCUCUGGGCGUGGCGGCGGCGACUACGACCACGACCCGCGGGCGCCGCGCAAGACGUGGUCCGGGGCGCUCCACGUCGGCGCCAGGGAGCGGCUGGAGAGCCUGAUGCUGUCGCGGCGCACGGUGUCGGACAUGGCGUCCGUGAUGCCCGCGUCCGCCGCGGCCAGGGCGGUCGCAGCCGGCGAGUCCGGGAGGCCGUCGUCCGUGGAGGUCGGUGUGGAUGGCGCGGUGCGGCUGCGGAUGCGGCUGCCCAAGUCGGAGGUGGCGCGGCUGAUGAAGGACAGCAAGGACGCCGCCGAGGCGGCCGAGAAGAUCAUGCAGCUGUGCGUCGCCAGGGACCAGGGCGGCGCCGGCGCUCCCUCGCCGGCGCUGUCCAAGUCCGGCCCGGUGUCGGCGAUGUCGGGCAGGAAGACGUCGGCCAUGAAGAAAGAGAAACGGACGAGGUUUGUGACCUUUCCUGACGAGGUCAUCGGAUGACAAAAAUGGGAGAAAAUGUUGCUUUUUUAGGGGGUCUUUCUUUCUUGUUUGGUUUUUCAGAAAAAAAGGAAUUUGCAGGGGCUUAGAACAUGAGAAGCCGCUCCUACAUGGCUUCCUAUCUCUCCCCCCAGCAAUUCCUAACUUCUGAAUUAUUAGCCCGGCUAAUCAUGUUUUGUUGUAAGUACGUAGUAGCUUAAUUAGCUAGUGAAAAGAAAGAAAGAAAUGGAAAAAAAAAAGAAGCAGCAGCUAGAAAUGCUUACUGGUGAACUAGUUGUGCAAGUAGUGGUUUCUUUCAGGGCAACAGAGGCUUGAUCGUCUGUAUAUGUAUGGUUUGUGGAAUUAGUUUCCAUGUGCUGUUAAUCAUCUCCAUCCA